AUGUCCCCUCUCAUGAACAACACGGGUAACACGGGUCAAGCUUUCAAGCCAACAUCCAAUAUCAUGGAUUGGCUUUUAGGCGGCAGCUGUAUUGCAUUACUCAUUGUGUUGGUGGCUGUCGGGUGCGUUCUCUGGAAAAGGCACAAGGCAAAGGGACAGUACCCGCUAGAAGCUGAAGGUAACUUAGUGCUGGAGAAUAUUCGUCAACAGAAUGCGCCACACGACCCAGUGCAGGAUAAUGCAGCGCGCUACGUGGUAACAGGUAUGGUCAAUGAGGGUUCUUAUGCUGCCAUCGGUGCAGAUAUAAACGUACGCAGUUCAACAACGGAAACUGCCGAGAGCUAUUACGUGAACGCACGCCCAUCUCGAGAGGUACCACAGAGACAGAAUGGUGGAGUUCAGGUAGCAAUAAAACCAGAACCAGCAUCAACAACAGCAGCAGAGAUAACAGAAGCAGCAAAGGCGGGAGCAGAAGCACCUGCAACGGCAAGAGCUGCAGCAGCACCAGUAGCAGCAUCAGCAACAGCUUCCCAGUCGGCCAUCGGGCAAUACUCUUUGAUCAGGUACGGACUUGCUGAAGACAUGGAAGAGUGUGCGUACGACAAUCACAUUCGUCGCGGACCACCCAGUCCAAGGUUUGGACAGACUGCAUCGCCAUCCCCGUACGAAGAUCGCUAUGACAACCAUCACCUGUUGCUCAUCACGGGUUUUGGUCCGACUGGUGUCAACGUAUCACCACGUGCAAGCCGUGUCGAUGAAGGUCUCUAUGACAACGAGGUCAUUCGUAGCCAGGUAGCUAUAGAAACGGAACCAGCAUCAACAACAGCACAGACAACAGAAGCAACAAAGGCAGCAGCAGAAGCACCAGCAACAGCAGAAGCACCGGGAGCAGCGGGAGCUGAGAUAGCACCAGCAACAGCUGCAACUGGAGCAGUAGCAGCUGCUACAACUUCCCAGUCGGCCAUCGGGCAGUACUCUUUGAUCACGUACGGACUUGCUGAAGACAUGGCAGAGUGUGCGUACGACAAUCACAUUCGUCGCGGACCACCCAGUCCAAGGUUUGGACAGACUGCAUCGCCAUCCCCGUACGAAGAUCGCUAUGACAACCAUCAGCUGUUGCUCCCCAAGGGUUUUGGUACGACUGGCGUCAACGUAUCACCACGUGCAAGCCGUGUGGAUGAGGGUCUGUAUGACAACGAGGUCAUUCGUAGCCAGGUAAUCAUCCGAUUCUUUCAUGGAUAA